AUGGACACUGUUUUGAACCGAUUUAACGAAUUGAGAAAACAGUCAAGUCCCGAUGCGAUUACACGUCAAGGGCUGGUCAAUGGGCUGAAAGAGAACCCGUUUUGGCUAGACUACGAAUCUCGCAAAUACGACGGCCAGUACUUUCACAUGUACCAGCAUAGACUCAAAGUACUGCGAGAAAGAGUCACUGAAAACUGUGAGAUCAAAUGGGACUCUCAUUUCAGGCUCAAUGGCAGCACAGUGGUCAAAAAGAAUAAAGUAUUGGAUAUCCAAGCCAACGAGCCAUGCUGGUGUGUCGGAACAAUUUACUGUGAGCUGAAGUAUAAACCCAAUGUUCUCGAAGAAGUGGUGAACGACGUAUAUGGCGCGCCAGAUCUGGUAAAAAGCUACACCGACGCAGACGGUACAGAUGAGAUCAUGUUAGAAGAUGAAAGCGGACGUCUGCUGCUGGUUGGUGAUAUCGUGAAAGCCAAACCGUUUGUGAGUGGUACCGUGCUGGGCAUUCUAGGAAUGGAAGCUGACGCCGGAUCGUUCCAAGUUCUAGACGUAUGUUAUCCGGUUGCGUUACCUCAGCCGGUCUUUCCCAAACGUCCUGAUGCGGGCAAAGUUGCUAUCAUUUCGGGUCUGAAUAUUCGUCCCGACGACCCGCGACUUUCCAUCAGGUUGCAAUUGCUACAAGAUUAUCUGACAGGCGACUUGGUUAAUACAGAGCUAGUCUCUAAAAUAAGAAGACUUGUCAUUAGUGGCAAUUCCCUCAACGCAUCUGAACCUUCUACGCUAGCCGGUUGUCUGAAAGAGCUUGGAACGUUCCUAGGCAACGUGCUGCAAUCACUUCCAAUAGAUCUGAUGCCUGGUGCACGCGAUCCUAGUGACCAAAGUUUACCUCAACAGCCGCUUCAUAAGGCCCUUUUCGAAGACACAAUAAAGCCUUUCUUUCAGAAAGUUCAAAAUGAGCUUUUCACGCCCACUACGAAUCCAGUAUGGCUCGACUUUGAUGGUGUUUCGUUACUGGGAACUAGCGGGCAAAAUAUCGAUGACAUAUACAAGUACGUGGUCCCGGACGCGGCUAACGAGCAAAACGAGAUGGAGACCAGGCUCAACAUGAUUGAAGGAUGUCUGAAAUGGCAAAAUAUAGCACCCACAGCACCGGAUACGCUUUGGUGUUAUCCCUACAAAUCAAACGAUCCGUUUAUUUUGAGCAAACUGCCUCAUGUUUUUUUCGUUGGCAACCAGCCUGCUUUCGCCUCACGCAGCGUGAAGCUGGAAGGCGGAGCCGAUGUCAAAAUUCUUACAAUUCCGGAUUUCAGCAAGACGGGAGAGGUCGUCAUUUUGGAUCUGGAAACAUUGGACACAGAAGUAGUUACAAUUGAUGUUGUAUAG